GAAUGUUUGAGGUUUCAGAUUUGUGUCCAUUCUUUUUUUUUUUUGUGAUUUCUUGGGUUAUGCUGAGAGGCUUUCUUACUGAUGAACUUGAUUUUUGCCAAAGAUAUGAUCUUUGUUUGCACACAGUACACACAGUUAUGAUGCCUGUUUCUUGGUUUUGUGAUGCUUUGCAAGGAUGGAUGGAUGGAUUUGGGCAAACUGUUGAAGAUUGAAAGGAGUGAUUUUUGUAGGACUGACGUUAAUUUGUUGAUGGAUUGAGAUAGGAUGAAGCAGAAAUUUGGCCUUUCACUGCCCUUUUCUUGCUAUUUCAGUUCAGUUGUGUUAACUGUCAAACUUGGUGUUGGAACCCCCUUUAUUAAUUCUUACGACAUCAAAGAACUGCUAUAUUCAAUCUGGUUAUGCCAGUUUGCAGUGAAAAAAGAUGCCCGAAUUAAUGUUCCAGGCCUCAUAUUUCGGAUGUUGGAGGGUCGAAGUUAUAAAUGCUGAAGGAUAUUAGUCAUCCUGAGUGCUCAGUAGAUUCAUGUUCUCCUGAUUUUUCCUUGAUUUUCUUUGCCUCGUGUUAAAUCUUCAAGCUAGUUUCGUCAAGAAUGACAUCUCAGAAUCAUGACAACAUAGCUGGAUCCGGUAGAUUUGUCCACCAACCACUUGAGGAGCUGGAGUCCUAUCUCUUAGAUCCAUCUUGCAAUCUAGAUCACUUCAUUAGCUGUGACGGUGAGAGUCAGGGGAUACAAUUCCCAGCUGAAAUAUAUGAACAGCGUUGUCGUGUUGAUUCAUCAAUAGCAAGUGGCAGCUACUCAUUUUAUAAUUCUCCUUCCGCUGUCAGUUUCUCAUCUAAUGUGAGUUCCAGUACUCAACCAGAUUGUGUAUCAGAUACAAACAAUUCUAUUCACGAUACCCGUCUUUCUGUAAGCAGGGCUUGCUCAUUAGACUGCGAAAAUGACCUGGAAAACAAGUUAGGAGAACUAAGACCUUUGCAGCCUAUUCUUGGGCCCGACUCUCGGGGAGUGGGUGCAGGUAGUCAAUUCUCAAUCGAGCCACAGUUGUCAAAAGAAGCAAUGGACAUAAUCCAAUGCAAGAACUUAAAGGAGAUGCUUGUUGCUUGUGCAAAAUCUGUGGCAGAUAAUGACCUGUUCACUUCGGAGCUCUUUAUGUCUGAAUUACGGUUAAUGGUUUCAGUUUGUGGGGAACCAUUGCAGCGGUUAGGAGCUUAUAUGUUAGAGGGUUUGGUUGCUAGAUUGUCAUCCUCAGGGAGCUCCAUCUAUAAAGCCUUAAGAUGCAAAGAGCCUACCAGCCCCGAGCUCCUAUCCUACAUGCAUUUACUUUAUGAGAUCUGUCCGUAUUUCAAGUUUGGCUAUUUGUCGGCAAAUGGGGCCAUUGCUGAGGCCAUGAAAAACGAAACCAGGAUACAUAUAAUAGAUUUUCAGAUUGCUCAGGGUAGCCAAUGGAUCACUCUUAUCCAAGCUCUUGCCACUCGGCCUGGUGGGCCACCACAAAUGCGCAUCACCGGUGUAGAUGAUCCCGUGUCAGCUUACGCCCGAGGAGGUGGUCUUGAAAUUGUGGGCCAGAGGCUAUCUAGGCUCGCAAAAUCAUGUGGAGUACCAUUUGAGUUUCAUGGUUUGGCCAUUUCUGGUUGUGAUCUUGAAAGAAAACACCUCAAGAUUCAGGCAGGGGAAGCUCUAGUGGUGAACUUUGCGAUGAUGCUGCACCACAUGCCAGAUGAGAGUGUCAGCAUUGAGAAUCACCGGGAUAGACUCUUGAGGAUGGUCAAAAACUUGUCUCCCAAGGUUGUUACUCUAGUUGAGCAAGAAUCAAACACCAAUACUGCUCCUUUUGUCCUACGUUUCAUCGAGACACUUGAGUAUUACCUCGCCAUAUUUGAAUCAAUAGACGUCGCCUUAUCCAGGGAGAACAAGGAACGGAUAAACGUUGAACAGCAUUGUCUGGCUCGGGAUAUUGUGAAUGUGAUAGCUUGUGAAGGGCCAGAGAGAGUGGAACGUCAUGAGCUUCUUGAAAAGUGGAGACGACGAUUUGCUAUGGCUGGGUUCUCCCCAUUUCCCUUGAGUUCAUUUGUGAACUCUACGAUCAAGAAUCUGCUGAAGAACUACUCUGGGAGCUAUAGACUUGUGGAGGGGGAUGGGUGUCUCUAUCUUGGCUGGAUGAAUCGAAAUUUAGUUGCCUCCUGCGCAUGGAUAUAGUUCCUAUAUAUGCUUCAUGUUCUCAGGCUAAGUCAAAUUUUGAGAUUUUAUGUAACAUCGACAAUCUUGGUUUUUGUGUUUUCUCUAAUAAUAUGCAGCACUUGUGCUUUUCACAAAUCUAGGAGAGAGAUCAAUACAUAAAACACGCUGAGGAUAUUACUUGCCGUUGUAUAGAUUGUAGCAGUAUUUCUUGUUGCCCAUUUUCCUUACAUGAUUGUCUGCUAGUCAUCUGUUUUUGUAAAAUGAAACGAAAAUAUAACACCGAGGUUGGGGGAACAAUGGUUAGACGGAUAUAUAGGAGGAUUGUCAAAGCUAUGACCUUCAACAUGAUUUUCUCUACUCUCAUGCAGAUUUAAGCCACCGCCUACAUUUACAUAGCAGGCAGGGACUUCAUGCUGAGAUUAUUUCGGGCAAUUUGCGUGGGGGCAGCUUCAGCAUCCAAAUCCUGCACCUGCUCAUUAGUUCGCUUUUCAGCAACACCACUAAUUCCGAUGCCAAAAUCAAGGCUAAUUGAGCUACUCUCUUCUGUCCCAUUCUUGGAUGUUCGACUAUAUGUUGCAGUCGUAGCAAAUCCACUGUUGCUGCUCUUAGCAGUUGGGACAUCAUGCUUCCUCACCGGGCAUCCCAUGUUUGUGCACUUGUAAUAGCUCCUGGAGUUUCAGAUUCAACAGAUAAGGAGGAGCAUAAUUGAAGGUUUGAUUACAGUUUGCAGUUUGUAGAAUAAAUUGAAGCCUAUGUUUAUAUAUCUUCCUGAGGAAAAUUAUUCUAUAUCAUGGUUUAAUUAGUUUAAAUGAUUCAGGCAACAGCUAUUUUGAGCAUGGUCUCCAUAU